AUGACUUACAACAACCCCAACGGUAACGCCUUUCCUUCCGGCGGCCUCGGCGUCCCCGGCUCGGGCUUUGCUGCUCGAGGCUCGCGUCUCAAUCCUAAGAGACUGAGCGUGGCCCUCCCACCAAAGGUCGCCCCUAUCAACGAGAACCAGGUCGACAACCCGACGCCGCGUACCAGCCGUUCCCACCUGCUUGCAGGUCUCCGCACCCAGCCGAAGACUCCUUCAGUCCCGGCUUCCGCUCCUUACCAUCAGAGUCACCAUUCCAUUAACGGCCUCUCGGCUUCUCAGUGGGCGGAGCAGAACUAUGCUGGGUACGGUCAGGGUGUGCCCCAGACUGCCACCGCGGCUGGGUUCGAUCUCCCCACCCAAUAUGGUAUGAACGCGGGUCGCCAGAUGUACUCCCUUCCGGAGCAGGUUCUGGCACCUCCAUCGGUGUACGAUCAGGCUGAAGAGAUGGAUCCGAGCAUUCUCCAACAAAUGCAGAUGCAGCGUCUGUUUCUUGCACAACGCCAACAACAGCUACAGCAGCAGCUGGCCAACAUCACCGCUGCAGCACAGGGCAUGAGCCUGAACGGCAACAUGCAGCGUGCUUCGUUCCACCAGCAACAGACGCCAAUGACCCCACAGACUCCUCAGAGCUUCUAUGGACAGCAGCAGCAGGCUCCAUCUCCGAUUGAGGUACCCGGCCAGCCCGGCGUGUACCUUGUCUACAACCCUGCCACUCAGGGAUACAGCUACGCGGUGGAUCAGAAUGUUCAGCAGUCCCAACAAAAUGCGUCCCCAGUUCAACAAUCGUCGACGAACGCUUUCUCUCCGGCCAAGUCUGAGCCUACGGCCCAAGCCUUUAGCAACACUCCGCCUGCUGUCGACCGACAAGGAUCAACCAGCACACGCUCCUUCACCCCACCCAAGAAGGCCCCUUCUCCGCCAUCUACGCAGGAGCAUGUGGAACCCCUUCCGCCUCCAUCUGCGAAUGCCUUCCGCCGCGGCCAUAAGAAGGCCUCAUCGCUAGCCAUCAAUGCUUUCUCCAACGUCGGCGAUGGCCCCAAGACUUCGUCUGCCGCCACCUUUGGCUCGCAGCGGGCUGCCUUCCCCCCGACCCCGAUGACGGGCACCUUCGGUCCCGGAGCAGCACGUGCUGGUGAGCAUCCGAUGCGUCAGCCUCGUGGCCCGCCACCGCUUGAGGAACUCACCGCAGCUCCCACCAGCAAGCACGAGGGGAGCAAGAACUUCGCCACCCGUCAACGCCGUCGUGCGCUCGACAGCCUCAUGCGGGCUGGUACCCAGCGCCGCGGUGUCUCGAGAUCUUCCGGCGGCAGUCCAGUGAGCGAAAGCGAGCUACACUUUCCCAUCAGCGAGGAGGGCGAGGACAUGGCGUCGAUUGGCAGUGGUAGCAGAAAGAUGAGCCCAAUUGGAUCUGAGAUGAAGCAGAAACGCGGCAGCCAAGGCUCCGAUGGCGGCUACUUUGGAUUGAGCUCAGCCUCUAGCAGCGAGGGCGAGGACUACGGUGCAUUCAAGCAGCCACCAACACCAGCCACUCCCGGCGCUGUCAAUGUCGACCGCAAGAAGAUGAUGCUCCACGGCGUGCUCAACGCUGCCGAGAAGCGCCGAAGCUACGCCUCCUGA